ACGAGUUAUUCCUGAACAGCCCGAGCUAUUCUAUAAUUAGCACAGGAUUUGGGCAAUGCAAGUUGCGCUAAAAAUAGAAUCCUUGUGUGUGUAACUGGUUUGUUGAAGGUGGUUGCUGACGUUAACUGUGGUUACUCCAACAUCAACAGGUCAUUGCGGUUAACCCGAAGUUAACUGCCGUCGCUCCAAAGGUUACCCCGGGUAACUACUUUGAGCAGUGACUGUGGUUACUCCACCAGCAACUCCUUGUUGCAUGUGGUUUACUGUGGUGGCUCUGCGGUAAUCUCAAGUUCCGAACUGCAACUUGGAGGAGGACGGUCGUGGAACAGCACAGCCAGGGGGUCGUUGUGGAACUGGGACCUCAGAACUGGAACCUUGUGACUUGGAACUCAGGACUGGGACCUCAGAACUGGAACCUUGGAACUGGAACCUUGGGACUGGAACAUUGGGACUGGAACCUUGGAACUGAAACCUUGACGAGCGCUUGCUAAGGUAACCAAAUCUGAGGGAGGUAAACAAGGAUUUUGCUGCAAGAACGAAUAGUUGAGCAGUGCACAGCAGAGGAGCGCUUGCUCUAAGGUAACCAAACCUGAGGGAGGUAACCACACAAGUUUUACGUGAGAGAGCGGACAGUUGAGCAGCAGCACACAGCAAAAAUGGUUUUGUUGGAGCCGGAUCCUUUCCUGAAUGAGCUGACAAAGCUCUAUGAGAGAAACAAGCAAUCGGGAACAGUUUGGGUGACCUUGAAACACUCACCGUGCAAACGGGUAAACAAGGCGCAAAAGAAGGACCUGCUGGAUGAAGAUUGCAAGUGUCUGGUCCGUGCGACCGACGGGAAGAGGAAGAUAUCGACCACACUGUCACCCAAGGAACACAUCCGAUUCCAGACGGCGUAUGCAACCCUCUUGAAAGCGCACCUCGAUAACUUGAAAAAGAAGGAGAAGGCUCACAAAAAGAAACCAGGAGGAGGAGCCGCUUCCUCCUCUGGGGCAGCCCACGGUGGCGCUUCAUAAGUCAGAGGUUACUGUACGGUAACUCCGUAAUUUGUCGGAGAAGGUUGCGAUGACCGUAAGGGUGGCUGCAGCGAUUCUUACUAACGACAAUCAUGCACUGUCGAGGUUUUCAGGGCCCGACGGGCUGAAUAUCAGGGGAAAGGUGGUGGGAGGGCGGGGAAGGGGGGGGGGGGGGGGUUGAUCAGUGUGUGGCGCACUGCAGACGGGGGGAUGGUUGUGGGUUUGUGCGGCCAGUGUGAUGGGUUGGAAAUGGCUCUGGCAGGAUGAAGAUUGUGGGCAUCAUCGGGCGAUUCCAUCACUUAUUAGGAUCUUCAGCGGCCUCAUUACAGUGAUGGGACAUGAAAUUGUGCGAUUAUGAAUUUGCAG